UGGAUCAAUGUGAAAAUAAAACUGUUAAAUGAAAACUGAGGUAUGUGACAUGUUUUAUGGCUGUCUCCCCACAAAGUCCCCACUUCCUUGAAAUACAGCACAACACUGGGAGAGUAUUCAAGUUAUUUCAGCAUCUCAGGAGUAUAAACAUUGAUAUUAUAUCUGCUCCAUCACAGUCGAGUGUCUCUCCACCCCUGAAAUCUACUUCCUCCAUGCACGUGUGCUGAACCAAACCUCCCUCCUCCUACGCUGUCUUCCCCUUUUUUUUUAGUAGUCAUCCCUUUCUACUCUCUACUUGCUGACAUUUUAACUGUGGCUGUCAACGGCAAAUUAUCUCAACCAGAAAAAGCAUCAGACAGUACACAGAGAAGAAAGAAUAAACAAACCUUCUUACAUUGGCUGGUAGCUAUCCUGUGUAGUGAUCUUUUGAGAGCACCAUGUGGGACUGUAGUGGUUUGGCUUUGUGUCAGCAGCUGUAAAGAGUCUCUUCUGAAGCUCGUCCUCUGACCCUCCUGGACUGAUCUGUGGAAUGGUUCUGUAACUCUUCACCCACUGGACAGAUAUCUUUCACAAGGAAGACACACCUCUUACCAAAAACAACAGGUGAAUUUCUAAUCAGAAAAGUGACAGCAAACUGAAGCAACAAUGAAUGCCUCAUCAACAGCAACAACCCAAAACUCAACUGAGUGUGUUGAUAUUGGUGCGAGCUUCAUUAGUGACCUCCUGAUGACUGUUUACAUCCUGGCUUUUAUCUUUGGUUUGAUCUUCAAUGUGCUGACGCUGUGUCCCAUUUAUCAACAAGUGCAGAGGCAAAAUGUUUUGGGUAUCUUCCUGCUGAACCUGUCCCUCUCAGACAUGCUUUUCCUCUUCACCAUACCCCUUUGGAUAUAUUAUUACCAAAAGGACCAUCACUGGAAGCUAGGUGUUAUGAGCUGCAGUGUAGCCGGCUUCUUCUACUACUCAAACAUGUACAUCAGUAUCUACCUACUCUGCUGUAUCUCUGUGGACCGCUGCCUGGUGGUCACGUACCCGCUCCGCUCCAAAACCCACCGCACAUCACGCUACGCCUGGAUACAGUGCGCCUUUGUUUAUGUUGUAGUGGUGGUGCUGCAUAUCAUGGUGCUGUACUAUGACAAUCUCAAAGACACCUUUGAUGAAGAAAACGACAAUGACCGUUGUUAUGAGACCUACCCGAUGCAGAGUCCUGUUGCCUUGUUCAACCUGCUCCGAGUGGGCAUUGGCUUCCUGCUCCCCCUGCUGGUGUUGGCUGUCAGCUACUGGAGGGUGCUAGCCACUGUAGGCCAAAGUCCCGGCCUGAGUGCCCAGGCUAAGAGGAAGGUCCGAAUGCUGUCUUUUGGGGUAAUCGGCAUCUUCUCAAUUUGCUACGCUCCAUACCACAUUCUCCUGCUCGCACGCUCACUAGUCUUCUACCAGAGUGACAACAUCGAACCUGAUGGAAGUUACUGCCAGUUUGAACAGAAAAUGCAUUUCUACUUCUCAUGCACAUUGGCACUGUCCAGUCUGAACUGUGUGGUGGACCCUGUGUUGUAUGCAUUGGUCAGUAACGGAGUCCAAGAGGAGGUGAAACUCUGCUUUAAGAGGUAUAAAAGGACACAGACAGAGGACUUUGUUCUUACUGCAUCUAGCAGAGGAAAGCCUAAUAGCAAUUUGAUAUGAAAAGCAAGCUCUGUGUGUGAUAUGUGGGUGGAAAAAUCCACCUGCGUACUUGUAUGCCAUGUGUGUGUGUGGAUGUGCAUACAUAUGAUUAUGCAUAAUACUGUCGCUGUACUCAUGUCAUGUCAUCUUCAGUGUUAGCGAGUGAGUAGCAGGAUUAUUUGCAUCCCAUCAACCCUUCGUAUACAGACAAUCAGAAACCACAUUGCCUCAUUUGUCUGUUUUUAUCUUCCCUCAUAUCCUGUACAUAAAAGAGAGGGAUGAAUAAGUAUCUCUGAGCUCGGUAAUUGGAUUGUAGUCCCAGGUUCUGCUCUCCCAAGAGAUCUCCAGUUGCAACCACUUCUGGUUUGUGGAUGGACACUGCUGGAGUUGAAGAGCCCUUGCGUUUUCCCUCCAAUCUAAACAAGGAUACUGUGACUGUGAUUGUGUAAACCUGGUAUAGCUGAAAGUACAUUAACUUUAAAGCAUGACAAAAAAUGCAUUUAUUAGCAUGACCGUGUGUCCUCAGUGUCUGGCUGUCAGUGAAGCAUGUUGAAUGUAAAUCCAAAUAAACCAGUGGUUUGAACAGGUGCUCAGGUUUUAGGCUGUUUAGUUUAUGCAGAAAAAAUGUGAUGUUCAAUUUUGCACUUUUAAACAUUUCUAUAGGGAGGGAAGGGGCUUAGCAAAUGGUGAGCCCAUACAUCCAAGCACUUAGCCAUUACCAUCACACAUAAAGGUAAUCAUAUUUCCUGCACAGCUGUGUGCUGCACGUGCCAAGUGGCUGCACAGGCUGCAAUCAAGAACCCUGUGUGUGUGUGUGCGUGUGUGUGUGUGUGUGUGUGUGUGUGUGUGUGUGUGUGU